AUGGAGGGCUCGCCUCCAAUACAAGAACAGGUACAGCUAUAUACUGCCCAAUCGUCAGCUUUGGGCCUCUUCGCCAAUGAGUGCAGCGGCUUUGGUGGUCACAAUGGCAGUGGUAACAUGGCCAGUCUGCUGGCGACCUCGGAAGCUCAGAAGCAAUUCAUUGCAACCCUUCAGCAAUGCGUGAGUCACAUGCGGGAGGACAUCACCGAGAAGACGUUCGACGCUUUGCAAACAAGCGAGAUCGUGGUAGUUGACGUCGUGCAACAAAUCGUCGAUCAUAGUAGCGUUGAUGCUCAGCAGCCAGACGAUGGCUCGAAGCAAGGGAAGAAGUCACGAGAGGCUGUGGCGAAAGAACUUCGCUCGGAUGACGUUCAAGCUCUGAAGCGCGAAGCUAUACAUCUACUUCGACGUCUGGUCCCAGGCCGCGCCAGAGAGGAUCGCGAGAGAGGUUGA